GCACGGGUAAAAGUACUAGUAUAUCAUAUGCUAACAAACACAAACGUUUGCCUCCAUAUGAAAUUAGCAUAUCCAUAUAUAUCAUAAGUUUCUGAUAGCUACGUUUACAUUAGACGACGGCUAAUCUCAGAGUUCUGACAAAUAAGCACUGCUUCCAUGUCUUGUCUCUAGUGAACUAAAAAGUAUUCGAGAUACUUAUGUUGCCACGUGGCUUUGGCAUAAAGGAUUGAUGCUGGAAAGAAUAAUUCCAAAACUUCCUUACGAGCCGGGAUGUGCAUGGAGUUUCUACUCCAACUUCUAUUGCCAAGAAUCUCUGUCUGCUGCCAACAGUCUUAAGCCGUUUAGGUAGCCUAGAAACUACCCCUGACAAGUGACAAUCUAUAAAAAGUCCUCUCUGAAUCAUAUUUCCUGCACAGGAAACAGAGAACAGAAUGGAGAGUAUUCUAGGAUACAUGCCAAUCUUUCUGAUUUUUCUAGCCUCGCUGAUAUUUCUCAAAUCUAUAUUUCCCGGAGCUACCUCAAAAUUUCGCCUUCCACCUAGUCCAAUAGCCUUACCAGUUAUAGGACACUUCCACUUAUUAAAACCAUCCCUUCACAAAGCCAUUCAAAACAUCUCAAAUCGCCAUGGACCCUUAAUUCACCUCUAUCUUGGUUCCAAUCCCAUGGUCUUUGUUUCCUCUGCAGAAAUUGCCAGAGAGAUUUUAAAAGCCAAUGAAUUAUCUUUCUCCAACCGUUCCGCGAACGUCGCAAUCCGUUACCUCACUUAUGAUGCGUCCGAUUUAGGAUUUGCCCCUUAUGGUACCUACUGGAAGUUCAUGAAAAAACUCUGCAUGUCAGAGCUUCUGAACGGGAAAAUGCUUGAUCAACUGUACCCCAUAAGGCAAGAGGAGAUAAAGAGGUUCUUGCAAGUGAUACAGAAGAAAUCCCAAGCCUACACGGCGGUCAACGUUGCGGAUGAGCUUUUGAAGCUAACAAACAGCAUAGUGAUGAGGAUGGCCAUAAGCAAAAGCUGUUUCGACGUGGAUGAUGAAGCUGAGAAGGUCACAGAGAGGGUGAAGGAGUCUGCGAAGCUGAGUGGGAAAUUUAAUCUUGCUGAUCAUUUUUGGUUUUUUAAGGGAUUGGAUGUUCAGGGAAUGGGGAAGAGGCUUAAAGAGGUUCGUGACAGGUUUGACAACAUGAUGGAAAGUAUCAUUCAGGAGCAUGAAGAAACAAGGAAUAAAUCUAGCAGAAAGGAUGUAUCAAGGGAUGUACUCGAUGCCCUUUUGAGUAUUUAUGAAGAUAAAAGCUCAGAAGUCAAAAUAACCAGAGACAACAUUAAAGCCUUCUUGGUGGAUAUGUUCACAGGUGGGACAGAUACAACAGCCGUUACUCUAGAAUGGGCACUGGCGGAAUUGAUUAACCACCCAAUUGUGAUGGAGAAAGCAAGGAAGGAGAUUGAGUAUGUGAUUGGAAAUGAAAGAAUAGUAGUGGAAUCAGAUAUAGCUCAUCUUCCUUAUCUCCAAGCUAUUGUGAAGGAAACCCUUAGGCUUCACCCUCCAGCUCCAUUUAUAGCGAGAGAGUCAACUGAGAACAGUAAAAUUGGUGGAUAUGACAUCCCAGAAAAAACUAAGGUUUUGAUUAAUGUGUGGGCUAUUGGGAGGGAUUCAAAGUACUGGGAUAACCCUCUUGAGUUCUUACCAGAAAGGUUCUUACUAAACGAUGAGAAUGGUACUAAAAGCAAUAUUGAAGUUAAGGGACAACAUUUUCAGCUUUUGCCUUUUGGGAGUGGGAGAAGAGGGUGUCCUGGAAUAUCACUAGCACUCAAUGUUGCUCACACCACCCUUGCUGCUAUGAUUCAAUGCUUUGAAUGGAAUGGUGAAGAUGGAGGGAAUAUUGGUAGCGUCGACAUGACAGAGGGUCCUUCAAUGAUUCUUUCAAGAGUGAAACCACUGAUUUGCGUCCCCAAAAUUAGACUCAUCCCAUUCUCCACCGUGUGAUGCUGAUUCUUGUUGUGAGUAAGAACAAUGAAAAAAAAACCGAUGAUGCAGCUGGGAUCAUUAGAUUUGACACCCCAAUCAUUAGAAAUGUCACCCCACUUACGGAAACUCAGUUUCCGAAGCAGUUUUUUACUCAAAAGUGUGGUUUUUUACUCAAAAGUGUGGUGUUAGAUGUAUUUUGAACUAAAAAUCACGAAUUAAUUUCGGAAUCUAAGAUUCCGAAAUAAUUCGGAACUUGAAAAUCCGAAAAUUGGGGGUGUGAAAUCUAAUGGUUGGGGUGGCAAAUCUAGCUCUCUGCAGCUGAGAUUGCAUGAUGAAUGAUGUAGUACCAGUUUUCUGUGAUUUGUAAUAUUAUAUUUACCCACACGGGGUUGUCUAAAUAACUCAUGAUAAAGUUUAGAUUAAAUAACCCAUCAUCCAAUCAAAUUGGAGAUAAAUGAGUUGGAAAUAAAUUAAUAAAUAAAAUAUAUAAAUUCCAACUCACUUAUCUCCAAUGUGAUUGGAUGAUGGGUUAUUUAACCCAAACUUUAUCAUUGGUCAUUUAGACAACCCCUUAGCACACAUAUAAUGUUUUGAAACCACAAUUAUUUUGGGUUUAAGGAAAGAUUAGCUUAUAUCA